AUGGAGUGGAAGAAGAUUUGGGCUUCUCCGGUUCAGGAACGAAUUAAACUCUUCCUUUGGAAGAUGAGAAAGAACAUCCUCCCGUGUGGGGAUCGCCUUCGUUCUGUGUUUGGGAACAGCUCCGUUUGUGUCUUUUGCAAAGGUAACAAUGAUUCUCUCUCGCACUUGUUCUUCCAUUGCUCUUUGGCGAGAGCUUGCUGGUUUGCCAGCCCCUAUGCUCUUCGCAGUGACUUACUUUGCUUCGGUUCCGAUUCGGAGAUUGUUCCCUGGAUCUUCUCCUCGGUGUGUUGCCCCUUCUUGGCUCCGAAUGACAAUGACUUCCCUCAGUUUGCGUCUCAUCUUUGCUACUCUAUUUGGCAUGCAAGAAACCAGCUCUUCCACCAAGGUAUUGCUCCCUCUCCUUCAUCUAUUAUUGAGAAGGUUAUGGCUGCCAUUAAUGAUUAUAAUAGGUUGCUUGAGAGAGGUCGGGCCUCUUUUGAUGAACCUUUGCUGGAACCGGCAAGGACUGCCCAACCCGUGCCCAAAGUGGUGAAUUUUUAUGUGGAUGCGGCUGUCCGAGGUGAUCUUGCCUUCAUUGCGGUGGUGGUUCUAAAUGAGGAAAGGGAUUUUCUUGAUGCUAUAUCUGCCAAGGUUAAAUGUGCUUCUCCUCUUGAGGCUGAGUGCUGGGCUUUAUGCCAUGCUUUUUCUUUAUGUCUGCGGAUGAAUUGUGAGGAUGCCAACUUCUUUUCGGAUUGCCUCCCUCUUGUUUCGGCUAUACGCGGAUCUACCAUCCCGUCUUGGAAGCUUACUAAUAUGUUUCUGCAUUUAUAUUCUUGUCUGAAUUUUGAUGUUAAUUGCUGUGUGUUUUGGAUUCCUCGUAAGGAUAACUCGCUCGCUCACAAUGUGGCUACUUGGGCUGCGUCCCAUAACAUUGUUGGGCCUCUUGGUGUCGGGGAUGUAGCACCCCUUGUUGCUACAAUGGACUAG